AUGGUGUUUACCACCACUACGGGAGAUUUAGCAGUUUCUGCGGCAAACCGGCCCUCUGGACCACGCCGUACCCCUCCGGGCCAGGCAAAAGAGCUUUGCUACAACAGCGCACUGCUGGAAGGACUCACGCCAAGACCGACGGAGGAUAGCGCGAGGCGGCCAUUAUACGGCGCUGUUGAUCGGGUGGAGAACACCUGGUGGCGGGGCGACCAGGGCGGAGGCAGUCACGCGAUAAGGGAACGUAAUAACAACACCGCGGUGGCGGGUGAACUGGUAUCUCGUAUCACGAGCUGCCUGAAUAUGGCGGGUUACCUGAAGGGCGCGACCUGCGCCUCGACCGGAAACCCUCAUCAAUACCAUCCACACGGACACCCGAUGGGGGUCGGCACUCAUCCUCAUCCUCACUCGCAUCCGCAUCCCGGCGCGCAUCCUGGCUUGCCGUCGCAUUUCGCCCUCACUCCGCACGCACAUUCGCAUCAUGCGCUCGAACACGGUCUAGCCGCCGCGUUCCCGCAAGGAAUGAAUCAACGCAAGCAACGUCGCGAGAGGACGACCUUCACGCGAGCUCAGCUGGACGUGCUGGAGGGACUAUUCUCGAAAACGAGAUAUCCGGACAUCUUUAUGCGAGAGGAGGUCGCCCUCAAGAUCAACCUGCCGGAGUCGCGAGUCCAGGUGUGGUUCAAGAAUCGCCGGGCCAAGUGCAGACAGCAAUUGCAGCAACAUCAGCAGCAGCAGCAGCAGCAGCAACAGCAGCAGCAGCAACAGACCCCUCCGGCGAAGGGUUCGCCCAGAUCGAAUCAGAAUCACAGCAACAGCAGCACCGGCAGCAGAAUAUCGACGAGCUCGUCGACGACGCCGAGCAGGCGGUCUUCGCCGGAUUCCCCGGCGCAAGGUAGGGAGGCACCGGUAGCGGGAAACUCACCCCUGUCGACCCCGCUCCUCUCGACACAGUCGACGUACCCUCGAGUUGGCACGACGCCGACCGGCGGCAGCGGGGCCAACAGCAAUCUGACGACCCCGUCGCCGCCGCUGACACCGAGCUCCAACCAACUACAACCGUCGUCCUACCCGAGCGCGAUGAAUCAGAUACAUCACGGCGAGACUUACAGCUUCAGCUGGGGCUCGGCGGGCUCCGCUUCUGUCAACCACAGCCAAUACCCCGGCCAAGGUUACAACGCUUACGCCCAAACCCCGAGCGUAUACGGUGGCGACUAUUAUCAGGCUCAGAUCCCCCAUCACAUGCACCACAGCCCGCAGACCAACUACCACCAUCCGCAGUAUCAUCCCAACAUGACGUUGACCUCGUCCAUGUCGCAUCUGACCAGUCAUCACCUGAAUCCGGUGACUAGUCAGACACAAGCCACCAGCAACGACAUAGCGGCUGCUGCUGCCGUCGCCGCAGCCGCCGUCGCGUCGAGCGACGAGGCUACCGGUUACGUGCUACCCGAUCAGAAGUAUCCGCCGUUAGUAUAGCGGUCCGGUAGGUCCUCCGGGAUCUUUCAGCGGGGCCAGGAAACCGCUAGUACGGCCGGCACCUCGAUGCCCUAUCAUUGGCGACUGAACACGGCAAUUUGUCACGAGAUCAACAGUAAUCUGGACUCUGACGACAAUUGAUCGGGCGAAAAGGGGACGCGGCCAACGCUAGAUGUGCUCCCGACUUUAUGGGUAUGACAAUUUAAAGCAGUGCGCGAAUCAGUUACACGAACGUUCUGUAGCCGGAAAUGACCGUGACGACAGAUAUUAAUAUCGCAACAAUAUCGCGUACAUAUUGAACUUAAAUUGAACGAUAAUAUUUGUGGCGAUCUAAUUUUAAUUCGACAUUAUUUCAUUUUAAAACAUUCUUUCAGUAAAAUUGAAAACUAUAAAAAUAUCUAGAACGAAUCACGUUCAGUUUAAACGGGCAAUGUUUUUUUUUUAUAUUUAUGAUGUACACCGAAGCGCAAGUGUGUAUUUUCUAAACAGGACCACAUGCUCUUUUGAGCAUAUAUCGUAAAUUGAUUUCUGCAAUACUCUUCUAGUAGAGCAAUUGCCACAUGACAAAGUUGUGGUGAAAUUAUAGAGAAGUCAAUAAUUCGCAAGAUAUUUCGCAUUUUAUUCUCCCGUGUGCAAUUUUGUUUUGUAACAUUAUUGCGUCUGUGGAAAAGGUAACUUUACAGAAAGUUAAACAAUGUUUACUCUUCUACUUUUACCUCUAUCAUUUUAUGAAUACGUUAAUAAAAGACAUUACUCUUUUUUUUAACGAAUUCACUUGCAGAUUAAAUUAUACAUAAUACGUUGUGUAU